AUGGAGAGUACAAUAAUUGUGAUGAUGAUAAGAAGAUUUUUGGUUUAUUUCUUGGGAUUUUUAUGCCUUCUCAGCUCUGCAAACGGAUUGCUUUCUUCUAAAGGAGUUAACUUUGAAGUGCAAGCUUUGAUGGACAUAAAAGCUUCAUUACAUGAUCCUCAUGGUGUUCUUGAAAACUGGGAUAGAGAUGCUGUUGAUCCUUGUAGUUGGACAAUGGUCACUUGUUCUCCAGAAAACUUUGUCAUUGGCCUGGGCACACCUAGUCAGAAUUUCUCUGGUACAUUAUCUCCAAGCAUUACCAACUUAACAAAUCUUCGGAUUGUGCUGUUGCAGAACAACAACAUAACAGGCAAGAUUCCUUCUGAGAUUGGUCGUCUUACAAAGCUUGAGACUCUUGAUCUCUCUGAUAACUUCUUCCGCGGUGAAAUCCCUUUCUCAAUAGGCUCUCUACGAAGCCUGCAAUAUCUGAGGCUUAACAACAAUUCUCUCUCUGGAGUGUUUCCUCAGUCACUGUCAAAUAUGACUCGACUUGCGCUUCUUGAUUUAUCAUACAACAAUCUUAGUGGUCCUGUCCCAAGAUUUGCUGCAAAUACCUAUAGCAUCGUUGGGAACCCUCUGGUAUGUCCAACGGGUACUGAACCAGACUGUAAUGGAACUACACUGAUACCAAUGUCUAUGAACUUGAAUCAAACUGGAGCUUCUUUAUACUCCGGUAGAUCAAAGAAUCACAAAAUGGCAAUCGCAGUUGGAUCCAGCGUUGGAAUUUUAUCAUUGAUCUUCAUUGCUGUUGGUUUGUUUCUCUGGUGGAGACAAAGACAUAACCAAAACACAUUCUUUGAUGUCAAAGAUGGGCAUCAUCAUGAGGAAGUUUCACUUGGAAACCUAAGGAGAUUCGGUUUCAGGGAGCUUCAGAUUGCAACGAAUAACUUCAGCAGCAAGAACUUGUUGGGGAAAGGCGGCUACGGAAAUGUAUACAAAGGAAUACUAAACGACAGCACGGUUGUUGCCGUGAAAAGGCUUAAAGAUGGGAAUGCAUUAGGAGGAGAGAUUCAGUUUCAGACAGAAGUCGAGAUGAUCAGUUUAGCUGUCCAUCGGAACCUCUUGAGACUCUACGGCUUCUGCAUCACGCAAGCCGAGAAGCUUCUUGUUUAUCCUUACAUGUCUAACGGAAGCGUUGCGUCUAGAAUGAAAGCAAAACCGGUUCUUGACUGGAGCAUCAGGAAGAGGAUAGCGAUAGGAGCUGCGAGAGGGCUUGUGUAUCUCCAUGAGCAAUGUGAUCCGAAGAUCAUCCACCGCGAUGUCAAAGCAGCGAACAUACUUCUUGACGACUACUGUGAAGCUGUGGUUGGAGAUUUCGGUUUGGCUAAGCUCUUGGACCAUCAAGACUCUCAUGUCACAACCGCGGUUAGAGGCACGGUUGGUCACAUUGCUCCUGAGUAUCUCUCAACCGGUCAGUCCUCUGAGAAAACCGAUGUGUUCGGGUUCGGGAUUCUUCUUCUUGAGCUUGUGACAGGGCAAAGAGCUCUUGAGUUUGGCAAAGCGGCGAACCAGAAAGGCGCUAUGCUUGAUUGGGUUAAGAAGAUACAUCAGGAGAAGAAACUUGAGGUGCUUGUGGAUAAAGAGUUGUUGAAGAAGAUGAGCUAUGAUGAGAUUGAGUUGGAUGAGAUGGUGAGAGUGGCCUUGUUGUGCACACAGUAUCUGCCUGGACAUAGACCGAAAAUGUCUGAAGUUGUUCGAAUGCUUGAAGGAGAUGGACUUGCAGAGAGAUGGGAAGCUUCUCAGAGAUCGGAGAGUGCUUCAAAAUGUAGCAACAGGAUCAAUGAGUUCAUGUCAUCUUCAGAUAGAUACUCCGAUCUUACUGAUGACUCUACUUUGCUUGUGCAAGCAAUGGAGCUCUCUGGUCCUAGAUGA